AUGGCCAAGAACGUGAUUCCAGACUGGUUGAUCUGGGUCUACUGGUUUGUGCCCGAUUCGUGGACUUUGCGAGGAUUGUGUGUGAACCAGUAUCGAGCCGCGAAGUUUGAUGUGUGCGUAUAUGACGGUGUGGACUAUUGCUCCGAAUAUAACAUGAAAAUGGGCGAGUAUCUUUUGAAACAGUACGCGGUGCCAUCCGGUCACAGUUGGGUGUGGAUUGACAUUAUCUACUUGUGCUGCAUAUACGCGUUUUUCAUGGGACUGGGAGCAUUCGUACUGGAGUACAAGCGAUACGAUGGCCCGACUACUAUCUCUCUUAAGCCCAAGCACGAAGCUAACGAUAAUGAGACGGAUUCAACGGACAGCUACGUUUUGGCAACGACUCCCAAGCACUCGGGGACUAUGUCUGGUUCUGGGUCUCCAAUGGGUGAGGUUGUGCUGGAUGUGCCUAGACGUGAGAAAGUGUUCACUCCCGUGACGAUCGCCUUCCAGGACUUGCACUAUUUCGUUCCGAAACCUGGCAACCCGAAAGAGUCUCUCGAACUACUCAAGGGUGUCAGUGGCUUUGCAGAACCUGGUUCACUCACAGCACUGAUGGGGUCUUCUGGUGCUGGCAAGACGACGUUGAUGGACGUGAUUGCAGGGAGGAAGACCGGUGGUAAGAUUACAGGCAAGAUUCUGCUGAAUGGGUAUGAAGCGAACGAUUUAGCUAUUCGACGCUGCACCGGGUACUGUGAGCAAAUGGACAUCCACUCGGACGCGUCAACCAUUCGUGAAUCACUUAUGUUCAGUGCCUUCCUCCGACAGGACAGUGAGAUCCCUGACAGCAAGAAAUAUGAUACGGUUAACGAGUGUCUCGACUUGCUGGAUAUGCACGAGAUCGCAGACAAGAUUGUGCGUGGAUGUUCACAGGAACAGAUGAAGCGCUUGACGAUUGGCGUGGAACUCGCAGCGCAGCCGAGUAUUUUGUUCCUGGAUGGACCGACCAGCGGGUUGGAUGCUCACUCUGCCAAGUUGAUCAUGGACGGCGUUCGCAAAGUGGCCGACAGUGGACGAACCAUUGUGUGUACGAUCCACCAGCCUUCUUCCGAUGUGUUCUUCCUGUUCGACCACUUGUUGCUGUUGAAACGUGGUGGUGAAUCGGUGUUUGUUGGUGAACUAGGAGAGCGGUGCCACAAGUUGGUGGACUAUCUGGAGGCCAUUCCUGGCACGCCGCCAUGUCCGAAGGAUCAGAACCCUGCGUCAUGGAUGUUGGAGGUGAUCGGUGCUGGUGUAAGCAGUAGCUCCAAGAACUCUACGGACUUUGUGAAGUGCUUCAAGGAGAGUGAGGAGAAGCGGAUUUUGGACGCUCAACUCGAUCGACCUGGUUUGACUCGCCCCAGUCCCGAUCUCCCGGAAAUGACAUUCCAGAAGAAGCGUGCUGCAAGCUCCAUGACUCAAAUGCUCUUCUUGGUGAAGCGGUUCAACGAUCGCUACUGGCGCACACCGACGUACAACAUCACGCGGUUCGCCAUUUCGCUUGGUCUGUCGAUCUUGUUCGGUAUCGUUUACUCCGGUAAAUCGUACCAGUCGUACCAAGAAAUCAACGCUGGUGUUGCCAUGGUGUACAUGACAACCAUGUUCAACGGUGUCAUCUCGUUCACGGGCACUCUUCCAAUUUCGUUCGCAGAGCGGGGUGCAUAUUAUCGGGAACGCGCUUCACAGACCUACAACUGCUUGUGGUAUUUCGUGGGCUCGACAGUGGCGGAAAUUCCAUACAUCUUUUUCAGCGGCGCGAUAUUCACGAUCAUUUAUUACUCUUCUGUUGGAUUCACGAAUGUGGGAUCAGGCUUCAUGUACUGGAUCACGAUAUCAUUAUUUGUGCUCAUGCAGACAUAUUUGGGCCAUUUCUUCAUUUACGCACUGCCUACGGUGGAGGUGGCAGCCAUCAUGGGCGUCCUGUACAACGCCAUCUGCCUCGUUUUCGCGGGUUUUAACCCUCCGGCCGCCAACAUUCCCCGCGGAUACCAUUGGUUGUACUUGAUCACACCGCAGAAGUACGCAAUGGGAUUAAUGAACUCGCUCGUAUUUACCGAUUGUCCUGAGCUUCCGACGUGGAAUAAUGAGACCGACGAAUACGAAGGCGGAAGUGGUCUAUUGGCUUGCCACGAGUUGACGGACGCCCCCAGUUCGGUCGGCCACACGACAGUGAAGGAAUAUGUGGAGUCCAAUUUCGGAUACAAACAUUCGGAGAUCUGGAGUAACUUCGGCUACGUGUUCGUUUUCAUUGCGGCGUAUCGCGUCUUUAGUCUGCUGGCAUUGCGCUUCAUCAAUCAUCAAAAGAGGUAA